AAAAUUCACUGUGAAUCAGAUUGUAUUUCAUUCCCUAUGCUAAUCAUCAAUUUGUAUUAUUACAAAGGAAAUGUUUACAUAAGUAAAUAAUAUAACUGAUUACAUGAAUAAACUACUUCCAUUAUUUAAAAAAAUAACUUAUGCUUACAUAACACAAUUACAGAGAUUAUUGAAAUGACAGAGGUUAUGAUUAAAAAUCCCACUGUAAAGUUUCAUAAACUUAACUACAUUAUAAUAUUAACACUUACUGUUAGCAUCACCUUACCUACAGUCUUUAGUGAUCAAGGUGUUAAUUGGGAUAUAACUUAUCUAUUAAAUCGUCGUUAUGAUAUAGCACGUGCUGAUGAAGAAUUCCCUAUCAAAAUUCAACCACCUUCUGGUGAUCUUUUAUAUAGUGUACCAGCAUUACGUUUAUUUCCACAAUCAAAAUUACCAAAUGAAACAUUUUUUAUUCAUUUAAUAUUCAAACCAAAUAAAACAGCUAUUCAACAUGGAUUAUAUUUAUUCAGUAUACGUGAUCCAGAUAAUGUAUUAAGACUUGGAUUAAAAAUAGUUGAAUACACUACAUAUCAGAUAAUUUUUACAUAUAAUCCACUAUCAUUUAAUGGUAAUUCAAAAGAAGUGGAAUUCUCCAUUCCAUGGAAUGAUGAUUAUUGGCAUUUGGGAAUAUUAAUUAAACCCGAUCAAAUUGACUUCUAUACAUCAUGUGAAGAAACUCAAAGGAUCGCUUAUCAUUUUUAUCCAAUUCAAGGUUUACUAGGUGAACCAUUAUUCCGUAAAGGUGCAACAUUUUAUGCACUUAAUAGUGGCUUAAAGAAUGCAUCUGAAUAUUUUGAGGGUUAUUUAAAAGCUUUCAGUUUUCAUUCAGAUGAAAAUGCUCUCCGAUAUAUGUGUACCAAAUCGGAAAAUUAUGAAGGAAGUGGUGAUGCAGAUCGUUUCAAAUAUGAUCCCGAAUUCGGAAAUAUAUUAAUUACUAGCUCAAUACAAGACGAUGAAGAGAAGGAGAUUACAAUAGACAAUGAAGAUUAUGAAAGCGGAAAACAAGAGAAUAAAGAGAAAAUUACAACAGAAACAGACAACAAAGAAAUGGUAACGACCGAGAAAACUGACAUAAAGCUGAGAACGGAAUAUAAAUAUAGAUAUAUAAUGAAAGACCCAGGAACAGGAGGUCUAGUCGACAUACAAGACAUGAAGGAAAAUGUCGUUAUAAACGGAGCUAUAAAACUAACAGAUGAAUUAGCCAUUCUACCAAACGGAGAUAUUGUAGCAACGAAGCCGCUCAUUGAAAACCAACGUUUCAUCAUAGCCGAAAAUAUAAGUCAAAUAAGUGACAGAAAUGUUUAUGGAACCCACAGCGGAGAAAUGAUCGUAGGAGCAGAAGUAGAUGACAAUGGAAUAAUACAUUUACCCGAUUCGACACUUGCAAUAACAGUUUCACUCGACAAGGAUCGAUAUGUUAUAUUGAAAAAUAAUAAAACACAGAGAGAAUCAAUAUUUGACCGUCGCCUCGGAACAGAACUAGUAAAUGCCACGCUCCACCAUAAUGGAAUGAUCAAAUUAGCCACUGGACAGUUCGUAGCUCCCUCCUCUCAAGAAGGCUAUAAAUACAUGGUAGUCACAAAUGAAGACGACCAAACCCUUCUAGUUUACGAUCGUUUCACAGGAGAACAGAUCAAGGGUGCACAGGUUGAUCCCAAUGGUCUGAUUCAGUUUGAAGAUGGACGCAUGGCCAUCGAGCCAUCAUCCAAACUAGAUAGAUAUGUUAUAAUGACGGACCCAAACAACGGUGAAAAACUAGUUUUCGACAGACGAACAGGUAGUCAUAUCAAGGAUGCUGUGUACAGUGAAGAUGGGUUGAUUCGCUUUCCAGACGGUAGGCGCGUUGCACCAGGUUCCACUGAUAACAGCUCACAGUAUCUAAUUCACUUCGACCCUACAACGAAGGAGAACUUGGUUUUUGACAGACAUACUGGGGAACAAGUCGAGGGUGCCUCAGUAGACUCACGAGGUUUCAUACUUCUUCCCGAUGGUAAAUUGCAUCUAGAUCAGAAUCAAGUAAAGCAUAGGUACAUUGUCCUACAGGAGACAACCGAUAAUACCACAUUCGUAGUCGACACUAAAUCAGGCCAGAAAAUUGAUGGAGCAGUUGUUUUGGACAAUGGUCUCGUCAAGCUACCCGAUGGAAAUCUGGUUGCACCCAGCUCAAACACAAGCGCAAAUUACAUGGUGGUCGAAUUGACUGAGGGUGAAGAGAGCCCAGUAGUAUUCGAUCGCAGGACAGGUGAGCAAAUCCCAGAUGCUUACCUAGACAAGGAUGGUAUCAUACAUUUGCCGGAUGGAAGUUUGGCUAUCUCGGCAUCAGAAACUAUGGAUCGCUACCUUGUGGCACAAGAUAACCUGACAGGAGACCCUGUGAUGUUUGAUCGUCGCCUCGGAACAGAACUAGUAAAUGCCACGCUCCACCAUAAUGGAAUGAUCAAAUUAGCCACUGGACAGUUCGUAGCUCCCUCCUCUCAAGAAGGCUAUAAAUACAUGGUAGUCACAAAUGAAGACGACCAAACCCUUCUAGUUUACGAUCGUUUCACAGGAGAACAGAUCAAGGGUGCACAGGUUGAUCCCAAUGGUCUGAUUCAGUUUGAAGAUGGACGCAUGGCCAUCGAGCCAUCAUCCAAACUAGAUAGAUAUGUUAUAAUGACGGACCCAAACAACGGUGAAAAACUAGUUUUCGACAGACGAACAGGUAGUCAUAUCAAGGAUGCUGUGUACAGUGAAGAUGGGUUGAUUCGCUUUCCAGACGGUAGGCGCGUUGCACCAGGUUCCACUGAUAACAGCUCACAGUAUCUAAUUCACUUCGACCCUACAACGAAGGAGAACUUGGUUUUUGACAGACAUACUGGGGAACAAGUCGAGGGUGCCUCAGUAGACUCACGAGGUUUCAUACUUCUUCCCGAUGGUAAAUUGCAUCUAGAUCAGAAUCAAGUAAAGCAUAGGUACAUUGUCCUACAGGAGACAACCGAUAAUACCACAUUCGUAGUCGACACUAAAUCAGGCCAGAAAAUUGAUGGAGCAGUUGUUUUGGACAAUGGUCUCGUCAAGCUACCCGAUGGAAAUCUGGUUGCACCCAGCUCAAACACAAGCGCAAAUUACAUGGUGGUCGAAUUGACUGAGGGUGAAGAGAGCCCAGUAGUAUUCGAUCGCAGGACAGGUGAGCAAAUCCCAGAUGCUUACCUAGACAAGGAUGGUAUCAUACAUUUGCCGGAUGGAAGUUUGGCUAUCUCGGCAUCAGAAACUAUGGAUCGCUACCUUGUGGCACAAGAUAACCUGACAGGAGACCCUGUGAUGUUUGAUCGUCGCCUCGGAACAGAACUAGUAAAUGCCACGCUCCACCAUAAUGGAAUGAUCAAAUUAGCCACUGGACAGUUCGUAGCUCCCUCCUCUCAAGAAGGCUAUAAAUACAUGGUAGUCACAAAUGAAGACGACCAAACCCUUCUAGUUUACGAUCGUUUCACAGGAGAACAGAUCAAGGGUGCACAGGUUGAUCCCAAUGGUCUGAUUCAGUUUGAAGAUGGACGCAUGGCCAUCGAGCCAUCAUCCAAACUAGAUAGAUAUGUUAUAAUGACGGACCCAAACAACGGUGAAAAACUAGUUUUCGACAGACGAACAGGUAGUCAUAUCAAGGAUGCUGUGUACAGUGAAGAUGGGUUGAUUCGCUUUCCAGACGGUAGGCGCGUUGCACCAGGUUCCACUGAUAACAGCUCACAGUAUCUAAUUCACUUCGACCCUACAACGAAGGAGAACUUGGUUUUUGACAGACAUACUGGGGAACAAGUCGAGGGUGCCUCAGUAGACUCACGAGGUUUCAUACUUCUUCCCGAUGGUAAAUUGCAUCUAGAUCAGAAUCAAGUAAAGCAUAGGUACAUUGUCCUACAGGAGACAACCGAUAAUACCACAUUCGUAGUCGACACUAAAUCAGGCCAGAAAAUUGAUGGAGCAGUUGUUUUGGACAAUGGUCUCGUCAAGCUACCCGAUGGAAAUCUGGUUGCACCCAGCUCAAACACAAGCGCAAAUUACAUGGUGGUCGAAUUGACUGAGGGUGAAGAGAGCCCAGUAGUAUUCGAUCGCAGGACAGGUGAGCAAAUCCCAGAUGCUUACCUAGACAAGGAUGGUAUCAUACAUUUGCCGGAUGGAAGUUUGGCUAUCUCGGCAUCAGAAACUAUGGAUCGCUACCUUGUGGCACAAGAUAACCUGACAGGAGACCCUGUGAUGUUUGAUCGUCGCCUCGGAACAGAACUAGUAAAUGCCACGCUCCACCAUAAUGGAAUGAUCAAAUUAGCCACUGGACAGUUCGUAGCUCCCUCCUCUCAAGAAGGCUAUAAAUACAUGGUAGUCACAAAUGAAGACGACCAAACCCUUCUAGUUUACGAUCGUUUCACAGGAGAACAGAUCAAGGGUGCACAGGUUGAUCCCAAUGGUCUGAUUCAGUUUGAAGAUGGACGCAUGGCCAUCGAGCCAUCAUCCAAACUAGAUAGAUAUGUUAUAAUGACGGACCCAAACAACGGUGAAAAACUAGUUUUCGACAGACGAACAGGUAGUCAUAUCAAGGAUGCUGUGUACAGUGAAGAUGGGUUGAUUCGCUUUCCAGACGGUAGGCGCGUUGCACCAGGUUCCACUGAUAACAGCUCACAGUAUCUAAUUCACUUCGACCCUACAACGAAGGAGAACUUGGUUUUUGACAGACAUACUGGCGAGCAAGUUGAGGGUGCUUAUGUGGAUGAAUUGAAUAUGAUACAUCUUCCUGACGGUGAUUUAUUUCUUCAGCCUGAUGUUUUAUAUCCUCGCUACAUGUCACUUUCUCGCAGCGGUGAUAAUUAUCCCGUGGUUUUGGAUUCUUCCACUGGUGAAAUUUUGAACGCAUCGUUCUUAGGUGGUUCUCUUUUCCGUGUAAAUGGUGGUGGAGUAAUCGCAGUCGGCAACUUAUCAGGUGGUCGUUUCGUUGUUUAUGAUGGUGUUGAUGUUUCCGUUCCACGUAUUUACGACACGUUGCUGGGUCACGCUGUACCAGGAGCUGUUCUUCGGCCUGAUGGUUGGAUUGAGUUUACGGAUGGCCUAGUCUUUCCUGUGCUUUCUUCUGUUCCUGUCGGUCAGCGCUAUUUUGUUUUUCGUAAUUCAUCCUCAGGGCAGGAAAUUGUUUAUGAUGCUAUAUUAGGUUCAGCUGUUUCGGAUUCAUUUGUUGACGAAAACGGUCUCAUUCAUUUAACAAACGGAUCAAUUUUUAGUCCAAUCACUUAUAAUCACACUUCUUUUUUGUUCAACGAUCUUUCGGAACCUGCUUAUUCAUCAACACUUCGUGAACGUAAAAAUGCUUCUCUAUAUCAUAUUGUCUCAUUGAAUUCGACUACUAAAAUGCAACCUGAAGAAAUGGAUUUAAUUUCUACUGAUAAAGUCGAAAAAAUAACGAAUGGCAGCUCAUGUGAAUGUAUCGAAGAUUUAUUCCGACGAGGUCUUUUGAGAUUGAAAGGAGAAAAGGGAGAUCGUGGUGAUGCAGGACCUAUGGGACCUGAAGGACCCCCUGGAACCUGUCCUGCAACUUGUGGAUCGAAUCUAUCGACUGUUAUACAAGGACCUAAAGGUGAUCCCGGUCCUCCUGGAGUUUGUACCAUUGAUCAAUGCAAAGAAGCUGCAAUACCCGGACCUCAAGGACCUCCAGGAGAAAAAGGAGAAAAAGGUGAUCCAGGAGAAGUAGAUCUUACAAAUGAUCAGUCGAUUUCAGUUAUUAAACAAGCCAUUCACGAUUUUAUAUUACAACCAGAAAUUCAAAAACAAUUUCGUGGUCCAAAAGGUGAUCCAGGUGAAUGUUCAUGUUUAAGUGAUGCAGCAGAUAAUUCUUCACCGAAAAAAUAUUCAAACAAUGAAUUAAAUAAUUCAAAAAAUAAUCAUAAUGCUAAUAGUAAUAAUAAUGGUGAAAUUUCAGGUUAUGGUGCAAUGGUCUUGAAUACUGAAAUGGAUUUAAGCAAAGUAUCACAUACUUUUCCUGUUGGUACAAUGGCUUAUAUUAAAGAAGCGGAUACAUUCUACUUAAAAACAAUAGAACAAACUAAUACAUGGCGUAUAAUAAAUCUGCUGUCGAAAGCAGAUGCAAUUAAUUUACCAAUUCCAAAACCAACGCCAGCUCCUGCAUUUGAACCACAAUAUUAUCCAGUUCAUAAAGGGAAAAAGCUUUAUUUAAUUGCACAAAAUAAACCAUUACGUGGUGAUUUGAAAUACAAUGAUCGAAUAACUGGUGCACAUGCUGGCUCAAUUUUUGCAUGUCAACGUGCAGCAAAUCUUAAAGGUCUCGGAAGAGCAUUCUAUCCACUACUCAGUACAGAUAUGUUCAAUAUGGAUUAUGUUGUACCGCCAACAUAUAGAUAUGGUGUUCCUUUGGUUAAUUUAUAUGGUGAAAUUCUCUUUGAUGAUUUUAUGAGUCUUGUUGAAGGACGUUCAAAGCCACAAGCGAAAUUAUUGGAUUUUGAUGGUGUUGAUAUAACAGAUGAUAUUGUUGCACCAUGUUUAUGGAUUGGUCAAAAACCAAUUUAUUUAAAUGGUGAUUAUGAAUAUGCAGCUCAGUCAAAAUGUCGUAAUUGGCAGUCAACUUAUCCAGGUGAAAAUGGUUUAGCUGUGUCUUUACCAAUUGUUGACAAUGCACCAGGUUUAUUUUCUAAACAAAAUUUUAAAUUAAUAUCAUGUUCGAAAUUUUGUCGAAUGUUAUGCAUACAAAUCACACCAUCCAAUACGUAAUCAAUUAUAAUUAUUAUGAUAAUCAAUAUUCGAUUUAUGUAUCCGUAUACACUUAUUCCUGUUCUACAUCCAGACAUUUUUUUAUCGAUUAAUAUACAUAUAUAUUGCUACUAAGUGAAUUAAACGUUUGUCAAUUUAAUGAGAUUUUCAAAAUAUUCAACAGCUGAAAACAAGUACAUAGCUGUUUGUUAUUCUCCUGAAUUUGUUCACUAUUCAAUACGAAACGAUACUACUCUUUUUUCAGUACAUACUAAUAUAAUUUACUGAUUCCUUCAUCGUAAUUGAACAUUUUCGAGUUUGUCGAUUUUAAUUUCAGUGUUGAAAUCCAACAAUCAAGCAUUUAUAUUCUCUCAUUUAUUGAAGAAAAAAAGAAUAAGAAACCGAUUGUUUUUUGUCAAAAUUUAUUUGUCUAUCUAUUUAUCUAUCGUUUUUGACACCUAAAUCCAACGUUUACAUAUACCUACUACAAAAAAGAACAGUUUUGAAUUUCAUUUGAGUUUUUCACCGACGCACCAAUACAUACACACAUACACACAGAUACACAUGAAGUAAAAUUUAUGAUUUUAAUGAUUUCAGUAUUUCUAUCAUUAUUAUUAUUAUUACUCCAUAUGUUUGUCUUUUGUUCAAAAUUUUGUGGUAUAAUCUUUUCCUCAUCUGCAUGAAUCACUAUUUCUAUGCAUCCAAUUGGAACAACUGAGGAAUUAAUAAUUAGCUUUUGUGCAAUUAAUUUUGUGUGAAAGUGAAGCGGAAUUAUCUGGUCAAUUUACAUUGGUUUUGUUACUUACUUAUAUUAAUUGUGUGCAAAUUUUAUGUUGGAACAGUUAAAUAUGUAAUGCACUAGAAUAAUGGAAAUAUAGACAUAUAUUUUAUACGUGAUAUAAAUUUGUAAUUUAUUUUACGCUAAAAAGAAAUAAUACUAAAUUCAUUAUACCAUAGGCAUUAUAUGAUUUGGGUUUACAUGGAAUUCUGUUUAAAUUAUUAUGAAUUAUACCUACUAAUUAUUAAAUAAGUAGCAAACAAAACCAAAUGUAAGAAUCCCAUCUUCAUUUAGUUAUGAGCUAAAAUGAUAGAAGUAUGUCGUUGAAGUUCAGAUGUAUUGGUUAUUAG